UGGGAUGUAAGCCAGAUGGAGGUUCAGAUCCGAUUGGUGGGUACUCAGUUUGGUGUUGGAGCUCCGAAUGUUCCCAUGCCCAAUAAUAUCUCUCUUGCCAAUGAUGGUUAUACAUGUCCCCUUCCUACAUUUGAAGGGAACAAUCAGAUGCAACUAUGCUGCAUUAGAGACCCAAGUUCUAGAACAAAUAUCACAGUGGAAGACCAAGAUGGGGAUCUUAUCUUAAUGUACGAUGUGAUCAGGGCGUAUGACACAAAUUACUGGGCACAAGUGUCAAUCUCCAACCAUAACCCUCUCGGGCGCCUUGAUAACUGGAAAUUAAGCUGGGAGUGGAUGAGGGAAGAAUUUAUCCAUGCCAUGAAAGGAGCAUACCCUCAUGCUGUUGACACAUCAGAAUGCAUCUAUGGACCGCAAGGUCGGUACUAUCGGGAUCUGGAUUUUUCAGCAGCAUUGAAUUGUGAAAGAAGGCCUACAAUUAUUGACCUACCUCCAACAAGAGCAAAUGACACAAAUCUUGGGAGAAUUCCCUUCUGUUGUCGAAAUGGGACAAUUCUGCCUCGUAACGUGGAUCCUAGCAAGUCUACCUCAAUUUUCCAAAUGGAAGUCUACAAAAUGCCACCAGACAUCAACAGAACUGAGCUUAUCCCUCCCCAGAACUGGAAGAUUAAUGGCACACUAAAUCCGGAAUAUCAAUGUGGGUCUCCCGUUCAAGUGCUCCCAAGUAGAUUCCCAGAUUCAAGUGGGUUACCUACAGAAUCAACAGCAAUUGCUAGUUGGAAAGUGGUUUGCAACAUUACACAGGCCAAGCAGGGAACACUGGGAAGACUGACAAGUCCAAGGUGUUGUGUAUCAUUUUCAGCCUUCUUCAAUGAUUCUGCCAUCCCUUGUAGCACAUGCGCCUGUGGCUGCAACAACAGUCCUAGUCAAACAUGCAGUGUUACUGAGCCAGCUCUCCUUGUACGGCCUGAUGCUCUUCUUGUUCCCUUUGAGAAUCGUACAGUUGAAACUUUAGAUUGGUAUGCAAUGAAAGGUUUUAGUGUUCCUAAUCAAUUGCCCUGUGGGGAUAACUGUGGAGUUAGCAUCAACUGGCAUUUAUUAUCAGAUUACAGAGGUGGCUGGACUGCAAGGAUCACUCUUUUUAACUGGGGCGAAACUGAUUUUCCGGACUGGUUCGCUGCGGUUCAGUUAGACAAGGCAGCGCCAGGUUUUGAAGGAGUUUAUUCUAUCAAUGGAAGUGUGCUGCCUGGUUCCAAUAAUACAAUAUUCUUGCAGGGUUUUCCAGGUUCGAAUUAUCUUGUGGCAGAAAAGGAUGGGGACAACCCAAGAAAAGAUCCCCGGGUUCCUGGAAAGCAGCAGUCACUAAUUUCAUUUACAAAAAAGACAACCCCUAAUAUUGAUGUGGCAACAGGAGAUGGAUUUCCAACAAAAGUAAUCUUUAAUGGCGAGGAAUGUGCACUUCCCACAAUGCUUCCAAGCAGUGGCUGUAAGAUGAAUGUGGCUACUAGCCUUUUUGGCUUAAUAAUUCUUCUAGCUCUCUUUUUAAUGCACUGACUACCUUCUUCAGUAGUCUUCAUAGUUGCUCCAAAUUCUUCAAUUCAUUUUAGGGCCAUACUACAGGUUUUUCAAUUUAGUUAUUGGUGUGACUAUUUCAGAAGCUCCAUGAGGUUUGUCAGUUUGUGUUGUUCCUAUGUUUUGAGAUAUUGAUGGGAAGGUUUAUGUUGUUAUCCAAAUGUAACUUUAGCAUCCAGUCAACGCA